GCCCGGCGUGGCGCGGCGAGACAGAGACCCUGUUCCCGGGGACUGAGCCGAGGGCCGGGCCGCGGCGACCCGCGCCCUGCUCCGUUUUCCUAGGGGUCUUGUUACUUGUGACCACAAUGAAAAACGUAGACAAUGACGAUCUGGUAACUGGCACCCUUCCCAAGCUUAAGAACUCAAGAGAAUUGUUGGAGCCGCGGGCGCUUUCUUUUAUAGAGACCUUAGCUAAAGAAGAUACAGAUGAAGCUAUUCGAUUAAUAUUACAGAGAGAAAAUCAUGUAAUUAAGAACCUAGAUAGGUACUUAAAACAUCAUGACUUCAUGAGCACAAGAAGAAAGGAGAUGUUACACAGAAGAUGGGCUCACCUUGUGGCAGACCCUCUCCACAAGGAAAUUAUAGAAAAAGUCUGUUCAUAUAAGAAGAUUAAGGAAAGGAGACAAGAGGAAUUAGAUGGUUUUUUAAAAUAUGCCAAUAAAAAGGGAAAUGUUUUUAUGGAGCAUUAUGAUCCAAAAGAGUAUGAUCCUUUUUAUAUGAGGAAAGAAGACCCUAACCUCCUGAAGCUUAUCAUUCCACCAUUUCAUGACCCUUUGAGAAAAGCACAGUAUGACAAGGAUGAGGAGAAAAGAACUCUUCUUCAGUGUGAGACUGGCAAAAUAUAUACAAUGAAAGAAUUUAAAGAGAUUGAGAAGGCCCAACUACAUUCCAGAUUCCCAAGAAUUUCUAGUUCAAGGCAUUCUGUGACUCCAAAUGAAUGGCUUAAACUGCCUACAAGAUACAUAGAAAGUGAAUUUUGUAAAAGAAGCAGGUUAAAAGUGAAAGUGAACUUCAAUGAUAGUAGUUUUGAUUUGAAACCCUUGCCUAGAGUUCCUUGUCUUCUGGAAUCCCAGGAAGCAGGAAAAGCAGUUAUUUGCAAAGACAAUGGGCCAUCCUUUUUGGAGAAGGAACCUCUCUGUUAUCAGGAAGGAGAGAACCCCGGUCCCAAAGAUGCCAACUCUGAAGAGCACUUGUCUUCACUGGACCUCAGCGGGAAGGAGAAAGGGCCGAAACCCAGGUUACGGCACUUUCCCGUCAUCUUCAGAGAGGAUUCCUUUGCUUGGGAUUUCUCUCCUUUUUAUGCUCCUACAUAAGUUCCUUUCCAGCUGUUGCUUCCGGCUGCCUGUGGUCCGUGCCUCUGGUGGAAUCCCCAAGUCUCCCUGCGCGGGGACCCCCUUGCUCCUGCAGGCAGAUAGAAGGAAUCAGGACUGGAUUAAUUUUCUCAACACAGGCCCUUGUCGCCUAUCUGCAGGAUCUUUCUUCACAGCAUCCCCUAGCCUGCUGCCAGGGGCCCUUCUGGGCAGCCCUUAGCCUUAGUUUUUAAAGGGGUGGGUCUGACUUCAGGUCUCUGCGCAGCUGUAAUCCCAGGCAGAGGAAGUUUGGAUUCUUCCUUCCCUUCCCUUUGGUGGUGAUGGGGGGAGGGUCUCACAAAACAUUGACUUGGCAAAAAGAAAACAUACAAAAUCCCUCUUGUUCCUUUAAACUCCCAACCUUUUUAUAGUCCUACAUAAAUGUGUGGUUAAAAAUCACAAAAAUCAGCUUGCAAUUGGCCCUCCUCUUUGCAAUUCCUGAAGACUUGCAAGUCCUCCAGCGCUCACUUUGGAACAUACUAUCUGUUGGCUAAGUGUGAGCAGGUGGAUGUACACAGUCCACAGGUCGGGGCAGGCUGGAGUUGAGCAGUGUAUCUCAGUCAUCCUUGUGUAGAUGCAGGUUGGAAAUAUGAGAUCACUUGGGUGUGAGUAUCAGGAAGACUGACUGCGGGGUCCUGCAAACUCCAAGGAGG